UAGCCUGACUGCCAACUGGAGCAGGGCUGGUGCAUAUUCCCUCCCCCAACAUCUGAACAAACUGCUGCAUUCUUCCAUUCCUCCUGUGAAGCGUGCUUUGGCUGCGUGUUCCCUGCAGUAUGAAUUCAGACAUGUCACAUCUAUCCGGUCCCAUCGAGGUAGAACAAAAGUUUGUCCCAGGACCAGAAAUAGAAGACAGCUUGCAUGCUCUAGGAGCAGAGCUGCUUGAAGAGGUAACAUUUCAAGACUCUUAUUAUGAUAGCACUGAUCUGCGUCUGACUUUAUGCGACAUGUGGCUACGAAGGAGGGGAGACAGGUGGGAGCUGAAACUUCCACCAGAACGCGAUGCAAGGAAUGUUAAAGGAUCUUCCACACAAUACUUGGAGCUGAGUAAUGAUGCUGAAAUUAUUCGCAGAGUGAGCGAAGAGCUGGGCGUGCAACGUCCCCUCAGCAUAGAAGCUCUUGGGCUGAAUAACUUUGCCAGCUUUGUGACACACAGACGGAGGUUCCAAUUGCCUCAUGUGGAAGGAUCAAGCACCAAAGCUGUGGUGGACCUGGAUGAGACAGAUUUUGGUUUUGCAGUAGGAGAAGUAGAGGUGCUAGUAAAUAGACAGGAGGAAGUGCAGGACGCUCUCAAGAAGGUGGAGGAGGUCUGCAAACAGUUAGGAGUGCCCAAGGGGUCACCUGUCCAGGGCAAAGUGUCAACAUUUCUUCAGCGGAAUAACACUGAACAUUACAAGCAGCUGCUAGAGGCCAAUAUCAUUUGACUGUCACUACAAGACAUUACAGUCCACGUUAGAAGUAGUCUAGUGUACACUCCAUUACCUUGUAAACAACAGAAGACACGGUUUGUGUAGUCUUCUACAAAUGACUAAGGCCUGCCAGGUAAGCUAAUUAAAAUUAAACACAGAACAUAAAUAUUGCACUGGUAUUCGUUUAGAUGCACAUAGCAUGGCUGCAAAUGUUUGUUGGUUUUAAUUGUCUUUUCUGGCUGGCAAAAUGACUGUUCUAGUUGCUAAAUAAAAGCUGUAAACCGAUGUA